UUCAGGCUCGAAAUUCUUCUGAAACGAAGUUGAAGAUUUCAUAUUUAAUGGCUAGUAGAAAGCUAUUCCGCGACUUGUUAUUGUCCAAGCGAUCUCAUUUCGUUCAAUUAACGUAUCAGCAGGCUUCAAGCGGGAGGCUGCGUUUGCUUUCACAGUGUUCAAGUCUUCGUAGAUAUAGUGUCUUCAAUGAGUUCUCAAAAAAACUGAAAGGCGAAGCUGAAAGUAAUCCAGAGUUCCGGCAGUCGGUGAAGGAGCUCAAGGAGAAAGCGGAGGAGCUAAAAGGGGUAAAAGAAGGACUUAAAUCUAGAACGAAGCAGAUAACUCAGCAGUUGUACAGACAGGUGGAUGAAGCGUGGACAGAAGCAGAAGCUACUGCAAAGAAGGUUUCUAAUAAUGUGAAGGAGAAGAUUUCAGCUGCAACUGAGGAGAUAAAAGAAACUUCUAGGACUGGAAAGCAGGAUUCUGCAGGAUCAACAGGCUCGUCAGCUGAACAUGAUGCUGAUGCGACACAACGAAUUCAGUCUCCAUCUGGGGAAGAGAAUCAGCAAGCUGGAUCUAGUAAUGCUGCAGAAUCUUUGUUUGGCAAGUUCAAGUCAACCAUCUCAUCCCCAAAUGUUUCGUCAGCCUUCCAAAAAUUGAAGGAAGCAAAGUUAGUCAAUGUAGCCAAGAAAGGAUAUGAAAUAGUAAAAGAGGAGUUGAGUGAUAGUCCAAAUAGGAGAAGGCCUGUUCCCUCCACGCCAAGCGGUGAAACAAGUGAAAGAACUGAACUUGUCAUUAUGCCCUCAAAACAAUCUUGGUGGGGUAAGAAAUUGGAUGCAUUCAAAGACAAGGUGAAAGACCUUCCUAUAUCCAAGCAAUUCAUCAGAUAUAGUGAUCCUGUCAAGACAAAAGGCCAGGAGAUUGUAGAAGACUUGAGAGAAAGAUAUGAGACAAGUGACAACCCAGUUAUCCAUAAAAUACAAGAUAUGAAUGAUAGCAUGUUUCAGGAGACAGAUGCUGCAAUAUCGUACAAGGAAAUACGUCAACGGGAUCCUGAUUUCUCAUUACCAGAAUUUGUGGGAGAAGUUCAGGAAGCUAUAAAACCAGUUCUUAAUGCUUAUAUUAAGGGUGAUGUUGAAACUUUGAAGAAGUAUUGUAGCCCUGAGCUGAUUGAACGUUGUAAAGCAGAGCACCAAGCUUACCGAAGCCAUGGUAUUUUCUUUGAUAACAAGAUUCUGCAUGUAUCAGAUGUUGAAGUUAGAGAGACCAAGAUGAUGGGGUCCUCCCCCUUAAUCAUUGUAAUGUUUCAAACGCAACAAAUCUAUUGUGUACGUGAUAGGAAUGGGUCUAUUACUGAAGGAGGCAAGGAUACGAUCCACACCGUUUUCUAUGCUUGGGCCUUGCAACAAAUGGAGCCGGAGGAUCGCGGAGAGGAUGCAAUUUACCUCAUGUGGAGACUAAGAGAAAUGCAACAGCAAGGCAUCCAAGCCCUUAUAUAGUUAUUCAUCUUCUAACCCACUGAGAAUGUUGUAUAAUUAAGCCUUUAUUCCCAAUCCUAGCUUUUUAACAUUCGAUUUUUUGUCAUCCAAAUUUUGUGGCGGCCAUUGAUGACUAGCGUAGUUUUUUUUUUUUAAAAAAAAAAUAACACAACCAAAAGAAAUUGUGUACGCGAUGAGUUCAAUAAUGCUCAGUUAGAUGAGCGUAAUGCUUUGUCGGCUGUAUGUGUGCUGGUUUAUCUGGUAUCCA